AUGCCCGCGUCCCACUCCUUCGACGAGCCCACUCCGUCUCCCACUCAACCUUCGGAUUACACGAUGCCAGACGUGAUACUGCACCCGCCCGACGACGACCUGCAGCACGACGGCCCGCGUCUCGUGUUCGACGCGGCCGCAGCACACACCGCCGCGGCCAACAGCGCGACGACCAUCGAGUCGCGCCUGGGGCUCUGGCAGCAGACGAUCUCGAGCGCCGCGCCCAUAUUCUUCUCGUCCCACUCCUCUCAGCCCGCAUCUACAUCUCAACAGCAGCAACAGCAACAGCGCCGCCGGUCGACGCACCGCCCGCGCCCCGCCGCUCAAUGGGACUACACGCCCGACGACCCCGACCCGUUCGCGUUCGAAGGGCAGAAGAGAGAGAGAGCGGGCGACGAGAUGGACGUGAGCGUGGAGAUUAUGAAGGUGCCGCGCGGCCGGACGAUGGCGGAUAUCACGCAGGGCCGCGCGCCGCCGCCGAAGAACAAGAAGGGCGGGCUUAAGGCGCGCGCGACGAUGGCGCUGAGGGGUAUUAGAGGGAAGAAUGGUGUGCGUAAGGGGGGUGUGGUGGUCAAGGAGAACGCUGCGCCGGUGGCAGCGAAGGAUGUUGAGUCGGUGGUGAUGGCGACGGCGGGGGAGGAUGGUGGGCCGGGGUUGCGUCGGGCGAAGUCGGCGAAGAGGCUGUCGAGGCCUAUAUCGCAGUUCUUCAGCUUCAACAACGCCGCUCCCGUUCCAUCGCCUGCGCCAGCGCCGGACGAACCCGCCGUCACCUCCCCAUCCGAACCGAACACUUCCACUACUACUUCGGCCACUUCGGCUUCGGUCUCAGCGCACGACUCGACGACCUCCUCAACAACUCUCCACGCCAGCCUCGACGAGCCGCGCUCACCGACCGCAUCGACAAAAGCCGCCCGGCGUCGUCUUUCAUUCGUCAAGCUCCAGUCCAUAUUCGCACAGCCCUCCCCAAACCCCGUGCAGCCCACCUCUCCGCCCUCGCGUCCGACUUCGCCCGCAUAUACGAACGACACGGCCCCGUCGCCCGAUAUGGACGACGAUGCGCCCGCCACACCUAUUGAUGAGGAGCUGGACUUCAGUAUUCCGUCUAUACCAUCUUUCAUCGUGGGCAAUGGGGAGCCGGAGGCGCCGAAACCUGAUUUCGACGAGGACGAGGGGAUGGGGGACGUGAGCUUUGAGAUGCGGCUGGACUCGCUGCAUUUCGAGAAUCUGUCGUUUGAUGUUGAUAGGUUCGAUCUCAGUUGUUAA